AUGCAUUCACAGCAGACUGUCUGCAUCCAGGCUCACGUGCUCACAGCCGUAUCGACAAUCCUGCCAUCGUUCUCAAUGAGAACUCCGGAUUGGCCUCACAUUAGAAAAUUGAGGUUGGCGGACAAUGAUUUCUUGACACCACGACCAGUCGAUUUAAUCAUUGGAGCGGAUUUCUACGGAAGGAUCAUCAAGCCAAAUAUCAUCAAGGGCUCACCAACAACACCAAUUGCUCAACUUUCCAUUUUUGGAUGGCUCGUCAUUGGCCCAGUCAACGAAUCACAUUCAAAUACUCAUUAUUCACAUUUUGCAGUUGCUCAAGACGACCAGAGCAAUCUGCAAGAGCUGCUCACCAAAUUCUGGGUUCAAGAGGAAUCACCAAUGGAUAUUCCAAGCACGCUCACUCCGGAGGAAGAAGAAUGCGAAUCACAUUUCUGUGCGACUCACACUCGUGAUCACACUGGAAGGUACAUCGUUCGCAUUCCACUCAAGGCACCAGCAUUGCUCUUAGGCAAUUCACACAAGACUGCUCAAAGAUGUCUACAAAGCACGUUACGACGACUCUCCAAGGAUUCAACAUACAACCAGCUCUAUGUCGAGUUCAUGAAAGAGUACGAAGAAUUGGGACACAUGGUAAAGGCUCCAGAUCACCAACGAAUUUCAUCAAGAGAGGCUGAGAACGUUGGGCCUGAUGGGGAGAUGACCUUGGCACAUGAUGCUCCGGCAUCAGGAGGGUUGAGGGUCUCUUCUGACGGUUCAACACCUCAGACCUCUGCUCAUCUUCAACCAUAUUAUCUGCCUCACCAUGGAGUUCUACGUCUCGACAGUUCAACAACGAAGCUCAGGGUUGUAUUCAACGGAUCAAAAGCUACGACAUCAGGCAAAUCAGUCAACGAUUUAAUGCAUACUGGUGCUAAUUUGCUCUUGAAUGUUACAGAUGUUCUAAUUUGGCUUCGCCAUUAUCACCACAUUUUUGCCACAGACAUCACAAAAAUGUAUCGCCAGGUAGCAGUUCACAAGGAUGAUUGGGAUCUCCAGCGAAUCCUUUGGAUCGAUGAAGACCGCAAUGUCAUCCCUUACCAGCUCACAACUGUCACGUACGGUACAAAGGCGGCUCCCUUCCUGGCGACACGAGCACUCAUGCAACUUGUUCACGAUGAGGGUCAUCGAUUCCCUCUGGCAACGCCUUCGCUCACAUAUGGCAUAUAUGUGGACGAUAUCUUUGGAGGAGCAGACUCAAUCUCGGAACUUGUGGAGGUCGCUCAACAGCUGAUUGCAUUGUGCAACGCGGGCGGAUUUCCACUCGCAAAAUGGCAUGCGACUCACCCAGAUCUUCUACGGGCUGUUUCCUCAUCCACACAAUCGUCAGCUCCCAUAUCAUUUGACGACUGCACUACCAAAUUACUCGGAAUUCAAUGGAUGCCUCAAACCGACAAUUUUGGCUUUUCAUCCACGAUCACAGAUCAACCAAGUAAGUGCUCAAAACGCCUCGUAUUGUCCGAAGUGGCUCGGAUAUUUGAUCCAUUAGGUUUCGUCUCACCGGUAAUAGUACGAGCAAAAAUGCUAUUACAAGAACUCUGGCUACACAAAAUCAAUUGGGACGAUCCAUUACCGUCUCAAAUUGUAUCACGAUGGUUCAUCAUCAGAGAAGAUCUCAACAGCUUGGCCAAGCUAUCGAUCCCAAGAUGGUUCAACACAUGGAGCAAUUCAAUUGUAGAAAUUCAUGGGUUCUCUGAUGCUUCUCAACUUGCCAUGGCAGCAGUGAUUUAUAUCACUGUCAGCUCUCCGUCCAACGACUCAAUGACGUCACUUGUCUGCUCUAAGACAAAGGUUGCACCACUGAAGAGGCUCACAAUACCAAGAUUGGAGUUGUCUGCAGCACUCCUAUUGGCAAAACUCACAAAUAUGUUCAAUCAACGCUCAAGAGUCAUUCAAAUCCAAGAACUCACUCCAAAUGCGCAUUGGAGGCAUGUUCCAGGUACUUCUAAUCCAGCCGACUGUGCUUCCCGAGGCAUUUCGACAGAUCAACUUCAACGAUUCGAGCUUUGGUGGAAAGGUCCCCCAUGGAUGGCUCGAAAUCAAGAUCAUUGGCCAGAGCAAAAGGAAUUCUCAACUUUAACCAGCGAGCUCGAAGUUGCCUCACGGCUUAAGAGAAAGCUCGAAACUCCUCCUGUGAUCAUCAUACCAUCCUGCGACAUGGAGAAGGCGCAGCUCUUCUGGAUUCACGCGACUCAACACUUGUAUUUCACCAGCGAAAUCAAGACGCUCAACUCAGGCUCAACCCUGCCUGCAACUCACCCCUUCAGUCGCCUCACCGCCUUCAUCGAUUCGCAGGGAACAAUACGAGUAGGAGGAAGACUCACAAACACAGCGCUCAGCAGGGAUGAAAAACAUCCAGCGAUCCUCCCACGGGACGCUCACCUGUCGAAGAUCAUCAUUGAAGAUGCUCACAAGCGAACAUUUCACAGAGGACGCAGCUCACGCUCGCAUACAUUCGACAACGGUACUGGAUCAUCGGUGGCAGAGCUCCUGUAA